AUGCCAGCAUUUGGAGAACUUCUGGGAACAGCAGCCGUGGCUCUUCACUACCCCAUGGCUGUGGGCCUCAACAAGGGCCACAAAGUGACAAGGAACGGGAGCAAGCUGAGGCACAGCUGUCUCGGACACCUCACCCAGCACAAAUUCGUGCGGAACAAGAUCUGAGAGGUGUGUGGCUUUGCCCCCUACAAGCGGCACACCAUGGAGCUGCUCAAGGUCUCUAAGGACAAGAGGGCCCUGAAGUUCAUCAAGAAAAGGGUGGGGACACACAUCCGUACCAAGAGGAAGAAACAGGAGUUGGGCAAUGUCCUUGCAGCCUUGAGUGAGGCAGCAGCCAAGAAAGACUGA